AUUUUAAUAACUCAUAUGAAGAAGUUUUGAUUAAUGAAUUCAAAGGCCAAAUCAAAUAUUUAGAACUUUUAAAUCUUCUUGAUCCAAAAGAUUAUAAUUUUUUUAAUUUCAAGUUUGAAAUUGAGUUUAAUGAUAAUAUUUCUGAAGAAAAAGCAAAAAAAAUAUUAGAAAAAAAGUAUGGAUAUUUUGAAGAAUUAGAUG